CUUUUCAUGUCAGCUGAAUUUUAUUCUGGAUAAUAAAAUUCACUCAACGAAGGUCAACUGGUUAAAGAGUCGCCUAUAAAAACACAGAGAAAAUCGCUGAGCAUAGCACGGAAGUGCACGACAAUACAUCACGCUUAUGAAUAUGAGAACGAAAGUAACUUCACCUUUCCAAAACGCUACUCUAGGGCAAAGACAAUCAGGGUUUGGAAAACUUUAAAAUGGCAAAUCGAACAGAUGAUAUAAUUAAACUUUGCUGCGAAAUCUCUUCAAAUAAGAAGAUAAAAGCAGCAUUUAAAAACUCAGCGAAAGGUGCUGCGGUUGCUGGAGGAACCGCUUUUGUUGGAGGGCUGCUCGGUGGUCCAGCCGGUAUAGCUGUUGGUGGUGCUGUGGGAGGUUUGCUGGGAGCAUGGAUGACCAGCGGCCAAUUCAGACCUCUUCCUGAGAUCCUCGUGGAAAUGGGUCCUACACAGAAGGACCAACUGUACUCUGAUGUCAUGGCCGUAAUGGGUACACUGCAGUGGGUUGACGUUGCUCAGCUAAUCGCUCAAGUUAAUGGGAACGCCUCUUUACAUGAGCAGGUUCUGGGUGCCAUACUCAAUUUUACUAAAAACCAACUCAAAGCUGAAGUGCAGUAUGAAGUCUAACCGCUGGAGGGUGGAUGUUACUGGCUUAGUUUCGGUUUUAUCUCGUUAUUUCAUUAAUUUCUCUUAUGCUGGGUGUUUGUCCAUUGAUUUUUAAACUUUUUAUAACUUUUAUGUUUUUUUUUUAAGGGAAAUAAAUAUUGGUACAGAUAGGGCAUUUACAGCUGACUGCUAGUUCUAAAUAUGUUAAUGUCAGAAGACAGAAGAAACCCUGGCUUAUUUGUUAGAUAACUACUUUCAGUGGUUAAGGACAAGCUGGAAGAGCAAGUUGCUACUAGUUUGCAUUCUUUAUGUAAUGUGUGAAUUGUUAAAGAACACUAUAGGAUGUAUAAGAUGUCACGAUGCUAAAGCAGAGCUUGUAAAAAAUUAUUAUACGCCUACGUGUUUAGGCCAGACUGUUUACACAUCAGAAAAAUAGGCAUAAUCAUACAUGAUCAAAAAAAGAUUUUCUUUCUUUUAAGUUGUCAAUGCUAAAUGCAUAAUGUGUCAUUGCAUGUUGACAUGAAUGCAUAAAAAGUUACAUAAUGGUGACGCUGUAAAUGUGUUUUUAAUCCCAAGACAAAAUGCAAAAUACAUAGGCCUUAUCAUAAGCACAUAUAAAAAAGUUUUUGUUCCAUUAAAAAGAUAAUGAAGUAGAAAAAAACAAAGUU